GCAUUCCUUUCUCGGCCUUUUGGCUAAGAUCAAGUGUAGUAUCUGUUCUUAUCAGUUUAAUAUCUGAUAUGUGGGUCAUUGGCCCACACGAUAUUAACUCAAUUUUUUAAAGGGGGAAGGCCCAACAAAGAUAGCUUGCUGUCUUGGGAUUUUUCAUGCGUCGUCUUGGUGUUGCACUACUACCAAGGCCCGGCGCACCCCACCAAAGCUUAUUGUCAAGUUUAGAUAAAGUCCACGAAAGUCCUUCCCAAUUGACUCUGAAAAUAAAAAAGAUGUCUUUGUUUUAUUGUUAUUUAAUAUAAUCUUGAAAUGUUACAAUUUUGUAAGCCUUUAACUUCGGAUGAAUUGAGGUCUACGGAUUUCAAGAAGCCCAAUUAUAUUUGUACCGAGUAUAUAAACUUCCAUUAGGUUUUCCGUUCGGCUGUUCUUCCUUCCAUAUCUAAUCGGCCGGCAAGGUAAGAAGAUUGUGAAGCAGUUCAAAAUGCCUCCGAGUGGAAAUGUUGCUAAAAAGGACCAAAAGGCUCAGGCUGAAAAGGCAGCCAAGGCCGUUAAAGGCACCACCUUCAAGAAGAAGGCAAAGAAGAUCCGCACCAAGGUCACCUUCCACAGGCCAAAGACACUUAAACAGGACAGGAACCCAAAGUAUCCCAGAAUCAGUGUCCCUCCUAGAAACAAGCUCGACCAUUACCAAAUCCUUAAAUAUCCUUUGACAACUGAGUCUGCAAUGAAGAAGAUUGAGGAUAACAACACCCUGGUUUUCAUCGUUGACAUCCGUGCUGACAAGAAGAAAAUCAAAGAUGCUGUCAAGAAAAUGUAUGAAAUUGAGACCAAGAAGGUCAACACAUUGAUCAGGCCUGAUGGAACCAAGAAGGCAUAUGUACGGUUGACGGCAGAUUUUGAUGCAUUGGACGUUGCCAACAAGAUUGGAAUCAUCUAAACAAAAUUUGUACUUUCCAAUGCCCCUAAUGCUCUCUCUAUAGACCUGUUUUAAUUUUUUGUUGGUGUUGGUAGUUUCACAAUCACCCUGUAGCGUUUCUAUCUGUUUUAAUGGUGCAAUUGAAUUUCGGGCUUGUUAAUGCCGUUUUUCUCAACUUUGGUGCAUUCUAUUCUCUCUAUUUGAGCCUAGAUUUAUUCUUCUGGAGACACUUUGGUUAUG